UGAACAUACCUAUAAUAUAAUAUAAGCAGUAUCUUUUCCAAAACUGAACAGAGAUAGAUCUUCAAUUAUGAAUUCAAACUGCUACAUUCCAAUUACCUGCCCAACUUGUGAGCAAUCGGAGACAAAAUAUGCACAACUUUUGAGGCAACAAGACAGAAUCAAUUACCUGCACAGCUUCUGAGAUCAGAGGAAACAAAAGGUGCACAACUUUCGAGAUAACGGAAGUAAACCAACUAGCUGCACAAUUUUCGAGGCAAUGCAGACAAAAGAUGUACAUGGCAGAGGAAAGAAACAAUUGGCUGCACAAAUGGCGAGGCAACAGAGAAAAUGAUGCACAACUUCAGACAAAUUGUGAGGCAGCGGAGAAAAUGAUGCACAACUUGAGAGAUAAAGAGGAUGUGAAAUGAGAGAUAAGAUUGAGAAAAAAGAAAAAGAAAAAGGAGAGUGAAAUCAACCAUUUCCUUUACCAAAACAAAAGUUUCAUAUCAGACUCGGCGAAUCGGCUAAGGGAAAAAGAAAAAGGAGAGUGAAAUCAGCACUGGUUGAUGAGGCUGCCGUUGCCUGGUGAGCUCCGAUUACGAGUUCGAAUUCCGACCUAACCGGGAUAUUCCUUUCCCGAUAUGAUGAUCCGAUAGGCCUGACCAGUAAGAUCCGAGAAGCUGAGUUGGCGGGUUCUGAACAACCUGGUGAAGUGAUCUAGCCCCUACCUAAAUUAAGAGUAAAAACAGAGCUUUUUGGCAAAUGGCUAGUUCUGGCUCCUCCUGUGCUGACUUGAAAAAGAUGGAAGAUGAGUUCAGAGCUUAUGAGAUGAGCCUCAUGAAUCCUCCCUCUUCCAUCGAUGACCUCUUCAAAAUUCUUCAGAAAGUUGAGUCAUCAUUGAAAAUGGUUAGUCAAGAACCAUUUGAUUCGACAAUAAGUGCAAUUCAACCUUUAAUGAAAGCACUGGCUAGGAAUGAACUAUUGGGGCAUACAAGUGAAGAUGUCAAAGUUUCAGUGAUUUCUUCUGUCACUGAAAUUUCUCGAAUAUAUGCCCCAAAUCGCCCUUACGAUGAUGAUAGACAAAUGGAGGAAAUUCUCCGGCAAACCGUAAUGACUUUCAAAAAGUUAGCUGAUGUGACUAGCCGCAGCUAUCGUAAGGUGGUUCGAGUUCUGGAGUUAUUCGCUAAAGUAAGGUUCACUGCGAUGAUAUUGGACCUCGAGAAUGAAACGCUAAUCAUCGAGAUAUUCAAAAUUUUUCUCGAGGUCAUCAGGCCCUACCAUCCUCAUAAUAUAUUCACUUGGAUGAAAGAAAUCAUGACUCGGCUCAUAGAAGGCAGUGAUGAAAUCUCAGUAGAGCUUCUACAGCUUCUUCUUGAUAGAGUCAAAAUUGAUAAUCAGAUGGAUUCACCCAUUGCAUCAUACUUGGUGGAGGAAGUCCUAAAAGACUGUGCUGCAAUUGUUAAACCGUACUUUUCAGAUGCCCUAAAAUCAAUGAGCUUUGAUCCUGCUGAUUAUGCUCAAACGAUUGCUUUAUUAUGCAAUGAAAUGCCAAAAGGAAAAGAAAUGAUGGCAACUGAAAAUGUGCCUGCUACUGUACAUUGCGUAAAAGUUGGUCCAUCUGAGGCUAAAUGUUGUGAGCUAGCGCGGCAGGAUGACACUCACAGGGAGAAGCGAAAGGAUACUUGUCUAACUAACAUCAUAAAACCAGUCAAUCCAGAAGAUGUGCACCCAGCAGGAAAUGUGCCAAAAGAAAACCAGGAAGAGACUGGAAGCCAUAAACUUACAGGUCAUCCUGUAAAAGUUGGUCCAUCCGAGGCUAAAUUUUGUGAGCCAGUGCUGCAGGAUGACAUUCACAGGGAGAAGCUAAAGGACACUUGUACAACAAACAUCAUGAAACCUGACAAUCCAGAAAAUGUGCAACCAGCAACAAAUGUGCCAAAAGAAAACCAGGAAGGGACUGGAAGUCAUGAACUUACAGGUAGUAGUGGCCAUCAUUCUUUGGUGUCUGAAAAUCACAAUAAUAGCACUGGAAGUCAUGGUCAUUUGUGUCAGCCCAAGAGAAAAGAGAUCCCGAUAAAUAACGAUGAUGAGCUGGUUGUGUCAAUUCCAAUAGGAGAUGUGCCACAAUCCCAAGUUCAGAAAAAAGAUUCUCUUCAUUUGGGAGAGAGAACCAAGCGGACACAGUGUGCCAAAAGAAAACUAGGAAGCGACUCAAAGAAGAAUGAGUCUGCUUCAGAUUGUGAAACAGAGAGAAAAUCUGAAUCUGGCAUAAAAAAUGAAGAAGGAAACCUCGAAGAACACAAAGAGCCAACACUGCAACAAAUUUUUGGAAUCAAACUGUGGAAGAAGAAGACGAAGAAAACAACUAAUACUGAAGAAUCUAGAGAUAAGGAUUCUGAAAGGGCUCGUACCAGCAAAGAUCAUGGUGCAGAACUGAUCGGCACUAAAAUAAAAGUUUGGUGGCCAUUGGAGCAAGCGUUUUACAAGGGAGUCAUUUCUUCUUUUGAUUCUGAGACAAACAAACACCAGGUCGUAUAUGAUGAUGGUGAAGUAGAGAAACUGAGACUACAUAAAGAACGAUGGGAAAUGCUUGAAGACAAUUCAUCUCAAAAGGAUUCCAAAAGGCUUUGUUCCAUCAAAGAUUAUGGUACGGAACUGGUUGGCGAUAGAAUAAAAGUUUGGUGGCCAUUGGAUGAAAAGUUUUACGAGGGAGUCAUUUCUUCUUUUGAUUUUGAGACAAACAAACACAAGGUCGUAUAUGAUGAUGGUGAAGUAGAGAUUUUGAGACUAUAUAAACAACGUUGGACGAUGCUUGAAGACAAUUCAUCUCAAAAGGAUUUUAAAAGGACUUUUACCAUGAAAGAUUAUGGUAAGGAACUGGUUGGCGCUAGGAUAAAAGUUUGGUGGCCAUUGGAUGAAAAGUUUUACGAGGGAGUAGUUUCUUCUUUUGAUCCUGUGGAAAGGAAACACAAGGUCGUAUAUAAUGAUGGUGAAACAGAGAAAUUGAGGCUACAUAAAGAACAAUGGGAGAUGCUUGAAGAUAAUUCAACUCAAAAGCUGCACAGGACCAUGGAUUAGACUUUCAAGGCCAUGCUGUUUCAUCUGCUACGUCAUAAAGUAGCGCAGAGUAGAAGGGCCUGAAUCAGUGGAAAUUUCUGUUGUGAAUAGGGAAGAAAACUCAACUGCUGGAAGUGUUGAAGAAUUUUCAUAAAGCAGUGUGAUGUAAGUGUAACUACUAAAUUAGGUUUACCAUUAAGGGAUGUGAUCCAAUUGAUUGGAGAAAUGAGAUUCUAGUCUUAGAAAAAAAGAACUGAGCUUGUAGAUUUAUUGUAUGUAGCUACAGGCUGCUCUUGGUGUUUACAGAUACUUGGCGUCUUAUAUGUAUAUAUAUGAUUAAAUUACUGAUGUUGGAGAAUUCAAAACCCAUAAAGUUCAUGCAUGCUUACAGACA